AUGGCUCUGAGGCCAUCCCUGGGGCCAAACAGGGCAAAAGAAUUUAGGACACAGACUUACAAGCAGAGAAACCAGACAGCCUUUCUAUUUAUAAAAGCAUGCGGCACAGCCACCUUUGACCUGCUGGAAAAAGAAGCUAUCAAUGCCAGUCAUUUUGACUCCAAGGUCUACCAUCCACUCGAAGUGCCCUGCCCACAGUGCCUGAGUGCCUGGACCGCCAGCAUCACUAGCCCGCCCAUCUGCACUGUGUCCACAACAGCACUCUUCAGAACCACCAGAAAGGACAGCUCCUCGCGCCAGGGGCGACCGCAGACAGCGCCCAGCGCACGGAAGGCCCCACCUCCCCACCCGCUACCAGCCUCCCUUCCUCGCAGUGCAGCUCCAGACCCGGGCUCGCUGGACACCAGGCUGACGAUCCAGGGCCGCGUCCAGAAGGAGAAAGCACUCCCACGGCUGCCCCAGAUCUUCUUUCCCCCCCAGGCCCGGCUUGUACAGCCCGCUGGACUCCAAGUAGGGGGCAGCACGAGUCCUGGGCCCGCCCCGGACCCGCCCCACGGCCUGAUCCGAUCUCUGAUUGGCCAGAGCCUGGAGCGCGGGGCGGAGUCGGCUGUCGCGGCUCCGGGCGGCGGCGGCUCGCGGCGAAAGGCGCUGGCGCUGCUGGAGGCGGCGCGCUCCCGCUACGAGAGCCUGCAGAUCUCGGACGACGUGUUUGGAGAGUCGGGCCCGGACAGCAGCGGUCACCCCUUCUAUAGCACCUCUGCCGACUCGCGCUCGUCCUCGGCCGCCUCUUCGGAAGACGAGGACGAGCCUCCCGGCCCCGCGCCCACGUCGACCCCCGCGCGGAACUCGCAGCCUCUUGGAGCCCCGGAGGCCGAACUGCAGGACGACGAGGACGGCGAGGGCUGGAGCCCGGCGCUGCGCGAUCCCCCGACCCCUCGCUGCGAGGAGAGCGGUGGUCCAACCCGAAAGAUGCCCCCCAGCGCCAGUGCCAUGGACUUCUUCCAGCUCUUUGUUCCUGACAAUGUCCUGAAGAACAUGGUGGUGCAGACAAACAUGUACGCCAAGAAGUACCAGGAGCGAUUUGGGAGUGACGGAGCCUGGGUGGAGGUAAGCCUGGCAGAGAUGAAGGCUUUCCUGGGCUACAUGAUCUCUACCAGCAUCUACCACUGCGAGUCUGUCCUAAGCAUCUGGAGCAGUGGCUUCUACAGCAACAGAAGCAUUGCCUUGGUCAUGAGCCAGGCCCGCUUUGAGAAGAUCCUCAAGUACUUCCACGUCGUGGCCUUCCGCUCCAGCCAGACCACACAUGGGCUCUACAAGGUCCAGCCCUUCCUUGACUCCCUGCAGAACGGCUUUGACUCUGCCUUCAGGCCUUCCCAAACCCAGGUGCUACAUGAACCCCUGAUCGAUGAGGACCCGGUAUUCAUUGCCACAUGCACAGAGCGUGAACUGCGGAAGAGGAAAAAGCGGAAAUUCAGCCUAUGGGUCCGCCAGUGCUCUUCCACAGGCUUCAUUAUCCAGAUUUACGUCCACCUGAAGGAAGGUGGAGGCCCAGAUGGACUGGAUGCUCUGAAGAAUAAGCCCCAACUCCAUAGCCUGGUGGCUAAGAGCCUCUGCCGCAACGCAGCGGGCAAGAACUACAUCAUCUUCACGGGGCCCAGCAUCACCAGCCUGACCCUGUUUGAAGAGUUUGAGAAGCAAGAGAUUUACUGCUGUGGCCUGCUCAGCUCCAGGAAGAGCGACUGCACAGGCCUGCCUCUGUCCAUGCUGGCGAACCCCGCCACUCCACAGUCCCGUGGACAGUACCGAAUCAAGAUGAAGGGGAGCAUGUCUCUGAUCUGCUGGUACAACAAGGGGCACUUCCGCUUCCUGACCAAUGCCUACUCCCCAGUACAGCAAGGGGUGAUCAUCAAAAGGAAGAGUGGCGAGAUCCCCUGCCCCUUGGCCGUGGAGGCAUUUGCUGCUCACCUGAGCUACAUCUGCAAAUACGAUGACAAAUACAGCAAGUAUUUCAUCUCCCAUAAACCGAACAAGACCUGGCAGCAGGUGUUCUGGUUUGCCAUCAGCAUCGCCAUCAACAAUGCCUACAUCCUGUACAAAAUGUCAGACGCCUACCAUGUGAAGAGAUACAGCCGGGCACAGUUUGGAGAGAGACUGGUCAAAGAGCUGCUGGGCUUGGAGGACACCUCUCCAUCUCAUUGAUGUUUGGGCCAAGCCCAAGGCUCAGGUGAAGGACCAAGUUGAGAGACAGUGAGAGGAGGAGAGAGCCUGCC